AUGGCGAUCACAGCGCUAACUCCCGACAUCCUCGGCGAGCGCCAGUCCGGCCAGGACGUCCGCACGCAGAACGUGAUGGCUUGCGGGGCGGUGGCCAACAUCGUCAAAUCCUCGCUCGGCCCCGUCGGUCUCGACAAGAUGCUAGUGGACGAUAUUGGUGAUGUUACCAUCACUAAUGAUGGUGCAACCAUACUUAAGAUGUUGGAAGUUGAGCAUCCAGCUGCCAAGGUUCUUGUUGAGUUGGCUGAGCUCCAAGACCGUGAGGUAGGAGAUGGAACAACUUCCGUUGUCAUCAUAGCGGCAGAGUUGCUCAAGAGAGGCAACGAUCUUGUGAAGAAUAAGAUCCAUCCAACCUCCAUAAUCAGUGGCUACAGGCUCGCUAUGCGUGAAGCCUGCAAAUAUGUUGAGGAAAAGUUGGCAGUCAAGGUCGACAAACUUGGAAAAGACUCCCUUAUCAACUCUGCAAAAACUAGCAUGUCUUCGAAGUUGAUUAAUAGUGACAGUGAUUUCUUUGCAACUCUGGUUGUUGAGGCUGUUCAAGCUGUCAAGACUACAAAUGCCAAGGGAGAAGUGAAAUAUCCAAUCAAGAGCAUCAAUAUUUUGAAAGCUCAUGGUAAAAGCGUCAAGGAUAGUUACCUGCUAAAUGGCUAUGCACUAAACACAGGCCGUGCAGCUCAAGGAAUGCCUACGAGAGUAACUCCUGCUAGAAUUGCUUGUCUUGAUUUUAACCUUCAGAAGACAAAAAUGCAACUUGGUGUCCAAGUUCUCGUAACUGAUCCGAGGGAACUUGAGAAGAUUCGGCAGAGAGAAUCUGACAUAAUGAAGGAGCGAAUUGAGAAAAUUCUCAAGGCUGGGGCUAAUGUUGUGUUGACCACCAAGGGAAUUGAUGAUAUGUCCUUGAAGUACUUUGUUGAGGCUGGAGCGAUUGCAGUAAGGCGUGUGCGCAAGGAAGAUUUGCGCCAUGUUGCCAAAGCCACUGGUGCAACUAUGGUGAGUACAUUUGCAGACAUGGAGGGUGAAGAAACAUUUGAUUCAUCAUUCCUUGGACAUGCUGAUGAAGUUGUGGAGGAAAGAAUUGCUGAUGAUGAUGUUAUUCUGGUGAAAGGCACAAAGAACACCAGCGCGGUCUCUAUAAUACUUAGAGGUGCAAAUGACUUCAUGCUUGAUGAGAUUGACCGGUCCUUGCAUGAUGCCCUGUGCAUUGUGAAGAGAACCCUGGAAUCAAAUAUGGUUGUUGCUGGUGGUGGUGCAGUUGAAGCUGCGUUGUCAGUUUACCUGGAGAACCUUGCAACGACCCUGGGUUCUCGGGAACAACUGGCAAUUGCUGAAUUUGCUGAAUCUUUGUUAAUCAUACCAAAGGUACUAUCUGUUAAUGCUGCAAAAGAUGCAACUGAGCUUGUAGCAAAGCUUAGGGCAUAUCAUCAUACUGCUCAGACAAAGGCCGAUAAGCAACAUUAUUCAAGUAUGGGUCUUGACCUCUCUAAAGGUAUCAUUCGCAACAACCUUGAGUACGGCGUGAUAGAGCCAUCGAUGAGCAAAGUGAAGAUUAUUCAGUUUGCCACGGAGGCUGCCAUUACAAUCCUGAGGAUUGAUGACAUGAUCAAGCUUACCAACGAAGAGGGUAACGAAGAAGACUUUUGCUAG